AUGCCUUCCAACCCGUUGAAUCGGCCUCUGAAAAAGAUAAAGCCAACUCCCAAACCUGUUACUGAUCGACAGGUCCAGUUUUUAGCUCAAAAGAAAAAGGAUGAAAAAGAAAUAGGUCGAACUUUUGCUCGUAUCACAGCAGCACCCGCCGGAACCUCGCUUUCGAUUGAUCAUCCACACAAUUGGGCGGAUCAACACUACGCAGGCCUGGACCGCGAAGACUUUGAUAUUCUACAAUUUCCUCACGGCUUUGACGACUUAACAAGCAGCCCAGAGGAUGAUGAUUCAGAUUCAGAAUGGAGUGAUAUUGAAGAUGAAGAAAUUAUCUCCAGCAUCAAGAGAGCUCGAAAUAAUGCUAGAAGAUUGCAGGCCGAGCUUCGAUGGGCUCACCAAUGUCACUGUAUGAUACCGUCUUUCCUGCGAUGUCUGCGAUCAAUCGAGAAGCGUGGCAAAGAAGUGAUGAAGCGGUUGGCUGAAGCUGAAGCUGAGCUCAGUAGCUUACUACUGGCAAAUCCAACAAUGACUACAGAGUAUCUUGAGGUUCAAUGGGCUCGGCAGCGUGAGGUUCAAAAACAAGUGAUCAGUGAGAGCGCAAAAGACAAGCGGGACAAAUUGCUGGUAUAUAUGGAGUUUGAAGAAGAGUUAAUUGAAGCACGUGGAAAGCUCGAAGCUCUAGAAUCAAUAACACCAAGAAUCCGAACCGGUGAGGAGCGGAAUGAACUCUUGAGAUUACCCAAUACCAUCGUCCUCUUAGAGAGAAGGGCUGUGGAUUUGGCCCAAGAGCUGGGUGCGUUGGUCCUUCCGAAUCGAACAGACGAGAGAAAAAGGAAUAUGGGUUUUUUACACUCCUCAUUGAUGAAGUCGGCAAAUCGUCUUUGGAGGUCAUGGGAUAUUGGCUUGGGUAAUGCACUCAAAUGGACUGCAACAUACCUGGAUGCUGAGUAUCCUGACGAAGAACUUCUUACUCGGUGGAAUGAGAUGAAGGCAAGGGUUAUGACCCAGUGUAAUGAGGCAUUUGAUAUGCAACCUUUGAUAGCGGAGAUCGAGGCAAUCUAG